AUGGAUGAGACUGGUGUGAGUUGUGCAGCGCUUGCUCCUGAUCUCACUGAUGAACAAAUCCAGGAGGAACAACUCUGCGAAGCAGCGAUUUCCCUGCCGUACCUGGUGUGCGCUCUUCGAGCCUUGCAUGGUCAUGAAGGGGACGCGCCAGUUUUCAGCCUAGAUCCCUUGGAUCCCCACAACUUGAGCGGACCAUGGCUGAAAAAGCGCUUCAGCCCCGACUGGUUGGCUGGCACGGUUGCCGGGGAGGUACUAUUUCUGGCCGACUUCACGUUGAAACAGCUGGCCUUUGGGGACAAGACCUUAGACUGCUUGUCCGAGAGCUACAGCAACUUCAAGGAGGACAUGGAGGCCGAGUCCAGGGCGGCGCGCCAGUGGUUUACUGUACGGGAGGCCAUGGUCGUGGUGUGUGCCGGUGGCAUGCUGGUGCCUGUGGUGAAUUUGGGUGUGGAGGCCCGGCGCCUGGUGCCGGGGCCGCAGGGCUACGUGGAUGCGGCCCACACAGACGCGGAGGACAAGGCGUGUCGCCAGGCUGCGGAGGUGAGCGAGCGCUUGCGCCUCGUGGCCCAGAUGGAGCCUGCAGUGGCGGAGCUGGAGGAGUUUGCCAAGGCCACGGUGCUGGCGGCCUUCCUGCUCAAGGCCGGGUGUGUGGUGGACAAGCAGGAGCUGCGGAGCUACCAGCUGCCGCGGGUGCCGGAGAGCAUGGACUACCCAAUGCAGAUUCCCGCAAUGGUGAAGCGCCGCCAGCAGACGUCGGUAGUGGCUGAAGCCGGAGGGCUUCGGCAGAGUCAGAGGCAGCGAUCCUUGUCCGGCGGGGUGUCCUUGGCUCCCCCUCCGAUUCUCGUAAUGAACCUCCCGAACAUGAACUUGCAUGGAGCUUCCCACCCCCUGACGAUGUUCAGGUCCAAUGGGGGAGGAGCUGGUGGCUAUGGCGGCGGAGGCGGCUUUGGCCAGAGCUGCGGCCAGGGUGGCUCUAGGGGAGGCUCUAGGGGAGGCUCUGGGGCAGGCUCUGGGGGAGGCUCUGGGGGAGGCUCUGGAGGUAGUGGACAGCCGCCAGUAAGGCCGAUCGUGUGCGAUCAUUUGUGUGGGCCUUCACUGUGUGGGUGCUCCAUUUGGCAGCUCUUCAGGCAAGCUCUGAAGGAAAGGGUGGUGACUCCCACUGACCGAGGCUACACCUUUGAAGUGGACAGUCAGGGGAACGAGAUGAGGAGGAUGCAGAUGAAAGAUGGCAGCAGGGUGGUUCUUCGAGUCAAGGGUGAGAAUGAUGUGCGCUUGGAGUUUCACAGUGCUGCCGGGCCCAAUGUGAAGAAUGCCGGUCCUUGGGACUUCGCGAAGAGAUAA